AUGGAGCAUUUGGGUCAUAAUGGUUUGAUCUCUGAGCUUGAAAAUGGAGUCACUUUGUGCUGUGAUGAAGAGUGUUCUGAGAAAGAAAUAGUUACAACUUCCAUUCAGUAUGCUGUCAAAGUGUUGUUGAUGGGUUUAGGAGAAGAUAUCAACAGAGAAGGCAUUAGAAAAACACCACUUCGUGUUGCCAAGGCCCUUUAUGAAGGAACCAGAGGUUAUGUUAAAAGUGUUAAGGAAAUUGUGGAAGGUGCAUUAUUCCCUGAAGGCGGAGUAGAAAAGAACAAAGUUGGUGAUGCAGGAGGAGUAGGUGGACUUGUGAUUGUGAGAGACCUUGACUUUUACUCCUACUGUGAGUCUUGCAUGCUACCAUUCUAUUUCAAGUGUCAUGUGGGCUAUGUCCCUUCUGCUCAAAGAGUUCUCGGUAUAAGCAAACUCUCUCGUGUCACCAAUGUCUUUGCAAAACGUCUCCAAGAGCCUCAGCGUCUUGCAAAUCAGGUCUGUUCCGCUUUGCAUGAAGGAAUACAACCCACAGGCGUUGCUGUUCUGCUUCAAUGCAAACACAUUCCCUUUCCAGACAUGGAAUCAAAUUCUCUUCACUCAAACCACAAAGGG